GCUAGGGCGCGCCGCCUCGUAGGAGACUGUGAGGUAUCAUUGAAUAACUCUGACUGCGAUCGCGCGCUGCCGGCGUCGCAGCGCGGCGACGUUCUCGUGGGUAAGGACGUGGCACCAGACGGGUGCUCCGUAGUGCCAUCGACCGCACGGGUACCAUCACCCUGCCUAUUUCUGCCGUGAAGCAGUGGUGUAUUUCGGUUUGAAGGGUGGGGCAGCGGUUGUAACUAUACUGAGACCUUAGAACUUCUAUCUCAAGGUGUGUGGUGCGUUUACGCUGUGGAUGUCUAUGGGUUCCAGUAACCACUUAACACAAGGUGGGCUGUGAGUUCGUCCACACAUUAAUACGAAGAGCAUAAUCAAACGAAAUUAGAUACGAAGCUUAAAGGGCCGUUUAAAGUAGUUGAAGUAUUGGAUGGUGUCGAUUUAAUUUUGACUCUCACACAUUCGCUUAAGGCUCGAGCUGCUACUUGCCUCACAAAAAUACAGCCUGGUAAGAUAUCCUGGCCUACUAUUAAAGAGAUGCUGACAAAAUUAUCUAAUGAUGCAAGACUACUUCGACCUGGUUAUUAAAUUUGAAAUGGAAAGCAAAAAGGGACCAGCUGAAGCCGGUAUCCGGCUAUGGCAACUUAUAAAGAAGAUUCCCGACGCUAAUGUGCCAGAACAAAUAGCCACCGGAUUUGUUAUAUCAAUACUGUCGCAGUGUGAUGAAAGAAUCCGUCGGGAAUUGAACUCUGUCGUUAUUACCACAAAAAAUCGUCUAUUUCACACAUUACGUGGCUUUACCCUCAAAAGAAAAAACGAAGAUCCUGAUAAAGAACCAAAACGCUCUCGAAGUUUUUUUCCGUGGAAGCUGCCAUUUCUGCGGAAAACCUGGGCAUCGUGCCGAAGGGUGUUGCGACAGAUACUGCUCUCAAACUUUUUUCGAUAUUCCAGCAAAACCUGAACAACCUCCUCAUCCGUGGGCUCCCGGCUCUCGCCUGCAAGUCAGCUGUUACGUGUGCGGUGAUGCGAGUCAUGUAGCUUCUGGGUGUUCCAUGCGCUACAAGAAGAAAAACGACACUGCUCCAGGUGCUGUGGCAGGUGCAACCAGAGACGUCAACGUGUGUUCCAGAGCUUCAGUGUGUUACAGAUAAGUGGUUUUGGCUUCCCCUUUAUGUUCCAUUCAGGGUCAGAAUGUAGUCUUAUAAAACAAAGUCAUAGUAAUUUAUUCAAUGGUAAGCGGUUUCAUGAACAAGUCACUCUUUGAUCUGAAAGUAACUUAGACCAAUCAUGAUGGAAAGAGCACUUAGGGGACAUUCAACUCGCCCUUAAUAGUGCACGUUGUCGAGUAACAGGGUUUACUCCAAUAGAAUAGACGUUUGCCGUUCAGGGUAGUUCACUUGAAAUAUCUUAAAGUUUCAACAGAGUGAUAAUCCCUCUAGAUUAGAUCUUGAUUUAGCACGGUCGAAGACCGGCGAUAAUAUAAAAAAAAGGGCACAAACAGAAGCUUGGUUUAGUCGAGGCAAAGCUAAAGUCAAACUCUUUUCCGCUGGGGAUUUUGUUUUCGUAAGUUGACCGAAAAUGUAAAGGUCCCUUCAACAUUACUGCAGUUUUGGAAAACGAUAGGUAUAAAUUGAGACAUGUAAAUAGUUCUAAUAGAGUGUACAAAUUUCCCCAUGAAAACUUACGUGAAAUACCUCGAGGCCCGUCAGGCCUACUAGAAAUUUCUGAAAAUUAUAGUGACGAUGACGUGACGGCGUACACAGAUGGGUUAAUUAAUCUUGUUCAUGAAACUGAUCUUAAUGAUGACGACUCUAUCACUGACAAUAGAAGCGACAUUUUUGUCCGCAAAUAGCGAUACAGCAAACAUAGUCUGUGGGUAGUGAUACAAUGUCUGUAAGCUCAGGCACCUCAGGUGCAGGUGUUGGAAAUGUAGAAAACGAUGGUCGGUCUCGCACUAUUUCUGAAGAAAUUCCGUAUAAAUGUUCUGGUUUAAGAAAUGUUUUAACAAACGCUACCGUACACGCAGAUUAAAAAAAAAAAAAGAGAGAAUUGUAUGUGGCUAGAGAGAUGUUAAUCCGGACUAGCAAAAAAAAAAAAAGAAAAAAAAAAAGAAAGUGUGAAGUCAUUGAAGGGUCUGUCCGGUCCAAUGGCUUGGCUAUAGGGAUUUUCAUCCAGAUUAGCCACAACAAUUAGCUACAGGGAUUGCGAUUCGGUCUAGCAUUAUCCGGUCCAGUUCGAAAAACUGAAGGGAUAACAAUUCCGGUCUAAGUUAAAAGGGACAUACUUACAUACCGGAAGAGUUUUUGAACUGGCCCAGGCAGUCUGAAGGUUAUUUAUAGCCAGUAUAGGAUUUUCUGAAGAAUUAUGCGAUCGAACCGUACUAGAUUGUUAAUAUCAUAGACCACGUUUUAAGUUGCAUCCGUUAAUGUCAGGAUGAACGAACACGUUUGUUGUUCACUGACAUACCAUAAGAAUGCGCGCACGAGGACGAGCGCACGUCAGUAUGGCCGUGACGGCGUUAACGAUAUUUAUGUUAUAUAGCACGUGCAAUAGGAGUGACUCACACAAGCCAGGUGCGCCGGCCGUGUCAUUCCACUCGUAAACAACAGCUACAACAGAAGUGACUCAUAAGCCAGCUGCGCCGGCUAGUAUAAAAAGGCGGAACGUGCCUUGAAAUGAACAUUCGUUGGACUGCGUUUGCCUGGUGCACUUACUAUAUCCUUGUUACGUUGUGUGAUUCAGUGACUGUUGUACGUAUUGGUUAAAGUUGGACAAGUGUUAAAGUGAAUUGUUAAGAUAACAUAUUGUUGAUUAAAUCAGAAAUCAAAGGCGACUUCGUUUAACUUGGUGUUCAACAAAAUAAUGUCUACCCUCAAGCUUACAUAUACAUAAUAGUUUUUUUCUAUCUAUGAUAGUAACCAUAGUAAAAAUAUUGUUCGCUGAUCUACUAAAUCUACUCUAUAAUUACAGUGACAAUUACUUUGUAUAAAAAACACACUGAAGUAUGAAACCUAAAACAGGACAAGGAGAAAAAAAACAAACAGCGACUGCUUGAACAUAUCGAGGGGUGAAAGGCUAUUUGGUUUAAGCGACAUCUAGGGUGAUAUUGAGUUAUAUACAUAUACGGAAUCAGCGAAUUUUUCUCCGUCGAAUGAUGCCGGAUUUAUUAAAAUCAGAGCACUUUUUUGGCGUUUGAAACAAUACUAUUUUUGGGUUGUUUCCAAAGUGGCAGUGUAUUAUCCAACGUUGAUUUUGAAUUUUUUUUUAGUAAUGUACUUAAACCAUACAAUGAUAUUAAGAGACGAGACAUAAACCAGUUACCUUUUCUCAGAAAAAUAAUCCAAUAAGAGUUAAAGCGUGUUUCCUGUUUCAAUUUUUUAUUAAGCAGUAACUUAAAUCAUUUUGACUUCUACCAAUUACAUGGUGUGAUGUCUCUUAAACCAUUUGUCCGUCACCCAAAUACGACAUGGAGUGUCGCUUAAGCUCUUUCAGCUGCAUCUAUUUUCCAUGCAGGGUGCUACUUAAAUCAAGUAGUUCUUUUGUUUCAGAUAUUUUGCUUAGCCGUUAAAACAUUUUGGUCCUAUUAUUUUAUUAAAUGCAUGUCGCUUAAUACAGACAAUAAAAUGAAGUAAUGCAAUAUGAAACAUUUUUUCAGUAUAAAUAAAAAUACGGGUCGGUCUUUCAAUCAUUAAAUUUUAAUAUGAUACAUUUCAUUCAUGUCGCAUGAUACCAUAUUUAUUCAAUCUCCCGGGAGUUAAAAAUCGUGAUCUUUCAACCGGACUGCCGCGCGCAGGCGCUUCAGUCGAACUCCAGAGUGCAUCGAGGAGUGACGUGAAGAAAUAUGAAACCGAAUCCUUGCUUAGAAAAAAACUGUCCCUACAAGUGUCAAGAAAUAACCUCAGAAAAAAGGAGUGCCAUAUUUAAACAUUUUUGGGAAUUAUCUCCGGAAAGAAAAAAGCAGUGGAUAAUAUCUAUGUCCUCUAAGCAAUCCAUAAAAAGGAAGAGAUCCAAAGACUCUAAUUACAGAAAUAACACAUUCUGUUAUUUCAUAAAUGAUGGAGAGGGUCGGCGACAAGUUUGUUUAAAGUUCCUCAUGAAUACUCUUGAUGUCACUCAAAGAUACAUUUAUUAUACAUUAACAACACAGGAACUUGGUAUGGCGAAAGAAGAUGGAAGAGGAAAAUGCAUUCCCCCCAACAAAACAUCUAACGCAAUCAAAGAAUCAGUAAAAUCUUUUAUCAAAAGGUUACCUGCAAUACCAUCGCACUACUGCCGAAAGGAUAGCACAAAACUAUAUCUGCCUGUUGAAUUUAAAAAUAAAAAAAAUUUAUACCGCUGUUAUAAAGAAGACCUCAUUAGUAAAGGAGUCGAUGUUGUAAGUGAAAAAGUUUUCCGUCAAAUAUUCACUACUGAUUUUAACAUUGGGUUUCAUGUGCCUAAGAAGGAUAAAUGCAUAAAAUGCCUACGUUUUGAAGGACAGAAGCCAGAGGAUUGUGCCGAAUUUCAAGAUCAUUUAGAGGAAAAGAAGGCAUCAAAGAAGCGGUUAGAACGUCAUCGACAGUUAGGUAAAGAAAAUCCUUCCAUUCUGUGCACAUCUUUUGACCUCCAGAAAGUUCUCAAUACGCCUCAUGGCAAUAACAUGUUACUAUUUUAUUCUGGAAAGUAUGCUGUUUAUAAUUUAUGUUUUUAUGAAAGCAUCACAAGGAAUGGUUUUUGUUUUAUCUGGGGAGAAUCUGAAGCAAAGCGGGGCGCAAAUGAAAUUGCUACUAUUAUACAGAAAUACAUAGAGAAUGUGGAUUCUCGAGGUACCAUUACAUCUUUGAUCUUGUAUUCAGAUUCUUGCCCUGGACAAAACAAAAAUAAAAUAGUCCUUGCAACAAUACAUAAUGCUUUGUUGCAAUCGAACAAUUUACAAGCAAUUCAAAUGAAUUACCUUCUCCCUGGCCACACGGAAAUGUCGGUAAACAGCAUACACUCUACAAUCGAACAAUCCGUAAGAAAUAUUACUGUAUGGGCCCCUUCGCAAUGGGCUACAAUAAGCCAGCUAGCAAGAAAAGAACCAGCACCUUAUAAUGUUGAAAAUCUGACACACGAGAAUUUCUUAAAUUUUGAUGAUAUGUCUGAAAAAUAUUUUAAGGGUAACCUUGUAGAUAAAAUUAGUAAAACCCGUACAGCAACAUUUAAAAAAUCUCAUCCAAAUCAAAUGAAAGUAAAAUUUUCAAUGAAAGAUAAUGCAUCCGAAGAGAUUAUACAAAUUAUUGCGAAACCUAGAGCUAUCAAUCGAAGAUAUAAUUCAAGUUUGCCGAUUACCAAAGCCAAAUACAUGGACCUAAAGAAAUUGUGUGACACUGGGGUUAUACCCAAGAUAUUUCAUAAAGAAUACAUAAAUCUACAACACUGCAAUUCCAAAGAUGUUCUACUGGAUACUGAUGUAGAAGAUACAGUCGAAGAAAAUGAUUAUUAAAUACGUUCUUUCUUAUUGCAUUAUGAUUAUUAUCAAGCACUGGCUGUAUUUUAUAAUUACUACAAGUUUUGUUUAUUGAUUUGAUAUUUUUUAUUUUGUUUUUAUUAGUUUAAGUUAUAAUUAAACAAUAUCGGUUGUGAUUAAUUAUACUCUUAGUAAGUUUUAUGACAGCCGAUCUCAAGUAAUACUGAAUAAAUAAUACCUAAUUAUAGUUGAUUUUCCUACAUUCAGACUGAAUUUACUUGAUUAAUAUCACAUCAGUAAAAGUAAUAAUACUUUAUAAUGUACAAAAUACUAAUACGUAUUAAUACUUUAACUGAUGUGAUAAUAAUCAGUCUGAAUGUAGGAAAAUCAUGUAUAAUGAGUUAAUUAUAGUUGAUUUUCCUACACUCAGAUUGAUUUUACUUGAUUAUUAUACGAAAUAUGAAUACUUUAUCUGAUGUUGUUAAUUAAUAUGUUGUAUAUUAAUCAAGUAAAAUCAAUCUGAAUGAAGGAAAAUCAACUAUAAUUAUUUAUUAUCUAUAUAUAUAAAAAUGAAACCCGUUUUCCGUUGUCACGACAUAACAUGAAAACGGCUUGACCGAUUUGGCUAAUUUUGGUCUUGAAUUAUUUGUUGAAGUCCAGAGAAGGUUUAAAAGGUUAGAUAAAUAUAAAAAUAUUCGGAAUUAAAUAAAAAUAACAAUUUUGUUUUUCCUUUUAUGUGUCCCCCGUCUGACGGAUUCCUUUUGUUUGUUUUAAGUUUAUCUUAAACAAAAGUUUAGGUCUUUUAUUUAUCGAUUGAGGCACUACGAAGUCUGCCGGGUCAGCUAGUAUUAUUAUAAUUAUAGAUGAUUUUCCUACAGUCAGACUGAUUUUACUUGAUUAUUAUACAAAAUAUUAAUAGUUUAACUGAUGUUGUUGAUUAAGACUAAAAAAUAAAUAAAUUUAAUUGAUGUUCCCACAUUGAGACUGAUCUACUUAAUUAUUUUUCUAAAUAAAUACUUUAACUGUUGUUGUGUUUUGUGUAUUUCUUUAUUUAUUCAAUAUAAGCACCUGAGAUUUUCAGUGAUUGCGAUAUAUUUAGGUUGUUUUAACAGCCACUGAUAGUAUUAGACGUAAAAAAAUGUAACAUCAAACGGUAAAUUUUCAAUAUUAUAUGUCACAUAAGUAAAUUCGCCUGUCAGUCAUUUUAAUCUAAAUUGGUAGUUGAGAUAAAUAGCUUGCUACUAUUAAUUUUGGGCUAAGUCACUUCAUGCUUUUUGGCUUACUCUGAAAAUAUAUCGCAGCGUCGCUUAUUUUUUUUUCCCUGUAGCCAAUUGUGGUUAUGAAGUCACUUAAAUCUUUAUUCCAUACUCUGAAAAAUAAGGGCUUAAGGCAAUUUGUAUUAAGCGACGUUUAUCUUUGUAAUUAAAGGUCCGUUUUAUUCGGUAUUAGCAUCAACAACUUGAUGUUUUUAAUUGAAUUUCAAUUAAGUUUACUCCAUUCAAAUUGCUGAAGAAGUUUUUUUGUUAUGAAUUUUUUUCCAAAAUUUUAAACUUUAAAUGGCUCUCGUGUAAAGUUGCAAAAAUGUCGCUUAAACCAAAUAGCCUUUCACCCCUCGAUAUAGUCGUACGUACGAACGUAUGACGUGUUUUGGGCGACGUCGACUGCUUUCCAUUCUGUCCGCAGGAUCGGGAAUCGAAUAUAUUAAGUGUAUAAUCUAUGAUCGGGAAUGAUACACACACAGCCAAAGUUUUAUUUGAAAGGAGAUAACCAUAGAGUUACUAUUCUGAACCAACUGAACCAAGACCUGGCAACAGUUCUAGUUUUGACUUAAUAGAAGGAAUAUCUAUUUUACCCCAAGAUUAAAUUAUUACAAUUAUUAACCUAUAUGUUUUGUUGAUGUUCUAAUAAAUAUAUAAAUAAAUACAUAUGUUGAUUUUAAUAAUUUAAUAGCAUUAUGACGCAGAGUAAGUAAUGUUUUUGCACGUGAGUGUACCAUGCGCGAACUUACCCCCACUACGUCAACAAAUGCUCAAGAAGUUUGCAGGCUAUUAUAAUUAAGUUCAACAAUAUUUAAGUCGUGGUUGAGUAUUCGGACGUUAAACAUGAGUUUGAGGAAGUUUAAGUAAUAGAACUGAGGUAAUGAUGUUUGUAACAAAACUCUGUGCUAGAUUUUCGACAUCGCAUCAAUUUCCAAAAAAAACCGUCGAAAAAAAGUCACCAUGACGACGAAGCAAUGUUUAAAAUUGAAUUUACAUAAAUAAACUGUUGCAAGCACGUGUUUUGUAUUUACAUAGGACUAUACAGAAUUACUUAAGGUAAAUUCAAAACUGAAGCAUGCGUAUAAUUUUGUCCUAUAAAUAAAUUUUAUAUGGUCACCACAUUAGACAAGGACACCGCGACCAAAAAGUAUUCUCUUUCGAGACCGAUUUCUCGGCAUUAGACAGCACUCCAGUUGUAGGUACUUAUUAACUCCAUGGAGAUAACAUACCAAAACAUGUAAUUGUGUCAAACUUGUCAAAGUCAUAACUAAGUUUAACCAACAAACAUUAUCAAACUAUAAUACCUAAUUUAUGUAUCAAAAUUAACAGACGCCAAACAAAGAAAUAAAGUAAAACAGAAAGAUAGACAUAAAAAUUUGUAUGGAAUACAUCAAAGAAUUUUAACGAAGUAAAAUAAUUAAAAAUAAAUAUUAUAUAUACUUUCUAUAAAAUAAAUAAAGUGAAACAUUAUUAUUUAGGCAGUUUACGGAUCCUCUUGUCCGAACGUAUUCUUGACCUGCGAUUUUGUGGUUUUCACGGCUUCAGCAGACUAUCACUAGGCGCUGGUGCCACAGGGUACUGAUUUAUCAACAGACGGAGCUCAGCAAGAGUAUCUAUCUUCCGACGUGCUUUAUCAGACAGCUGGAUUACUAUCUUGCCUUCUGAUGUCCAGCACUGCUUAAGGCCAGUGUUUGUAAGCACCCAGAAACAGCAUCAUGGCGGGACUUCGUCAAGAAUUCAGACACUGUCAAACCAGAACCCUUCAGCAAAACUUUAUUCUUCCAAACUUCACUUCGAUGGCUAUGGCAUUUAAACCUUAUUAAAACUGGACGAGGCUUGCUUUUAUUAGCUCCAAGAUGUUAAGUUACUAUGUCAGUUGAAAUGAUAUGACUCAAUUUCGUGGGACCUUUUAAAAUCUCCAAAACAGUAGCAGAAGGGUCUUUAUUAUUGUUGACCCCAUGAAGCAACAGUACUUUCAGACGAGACAUCAUUUCGUGUCUGUCCAGGCCCCAAGUAAGCAAUUCGAUUUGAGUUUUCAAAGCAGUUAGUGCAUUACACACAAAUGAUUUAAAUUCAGCAAACUCACGGGAUAAACUCGCUAUGGUUUUAUAUGGGAGAUCUGUGGUAGCUGCAUUCUUCAAAUCUUCGUGUUGUACAAUUCUUAAGUUCAGUGUUGUAAAUAAGUCUUCCAGUUGUGCAAAUAGUUAGGAGUACAUAUCCAUUGCGAUGAUAAUUAAGUUUUUAGUUUGAGUGAGUUCAGAGGAGUAAUAAUUGUUGAAAUGAGAGUAUUAGAGGUCAGUGAUCAACCUGGUAUCAAUAAAUCAUAACAAAAUAUGCUGUAUUAUAUUUCAAUUAAAACAAAUCUUAGAAGACAAAUUUUUAGUAUUGACACUUAGAUUACCCUUUUUUUUGUCAGGAGGAAAUUGCCGACUUCUCACUAAAAAUUAUUUUUUAAAAUAAACUUCUUAUUUUUUAA